AUGACCGCGGACCGCAGGGAAGACCAGCACUACCGAAUAGCUGCAAACCUCGUUGUCGGAUGUCCCCGUCGUCAGAACGAUCGAUACCAAACCCCCAAUUCUCACGCCAACAUGACCGUCGCCGAAUCGGUUAAAAGUGCCGUCGGGCUCGCAGAUACCACUGCUUCCCGGCAGGAGAUGUCCGACGCCCGCCUCCCCAUCCAGUACCGGGAUACUUGUGCACACCUCUUGAUUCCCUUGAACCGAUGCCGGCAGCAAGAGUACUACCUUCCCUGGAAGUGCGAGGAUGAGAGACACAGCUACGAAAAGUGCCAGUACGACGAAUUCAAGAAGCGCGUUGCCAAGAUGGACGAGCUGCGAGCUGCUAAGGAUGGCGCUCGGAGCAACUAA